CCUGAUUCAUUUCCUAGUUGCAAUUAUCAUUUUUUAUUAUCAGUAUGCGAAUAAUUUGUGAAUAGUGUGAGAACUGAGUCGUCAAUAAAAUUCAUGCAAAGUGACUUGAUUUCUUAUAAGCCUCAGCUCAGUCCCUGAUCUCUCUCACUCUCUCUUGAUUUUGAUUCUUUUUUUUCUUUUUAUAUAAUCAUGGCCAACAAGAAGCAAAAGAAAGAAGAAAGCAUAGUUGAACAAGAGAAAGAAGAAGAAAGAGUAGUUGACAGUGAGUCAGAAGAAGAAGAAGAAAUGGAUACAGCAAGUGAGACAGGAUCAUCUGACGAAGAAGAUCUUGAGAUGGAUGAAGCAGACAUUGAAGAUUCAAGUGAUGAAGAAGAAGAAGAAGAAGAAGACGAAUUUGAUGAAGCCGAAUUGAAGAAGGCCUCAAAAAAGACCAAAAAAUACAGUGCAGAGGCCUUUUCGGAUGCGAUGACCAAGAUAUUGGCCAGUUCACUAACAGGAGCCGAUAAAAAACAACCUAUUCUUGCAAGAUCAAAAGGAGUAGAACGAAAGAUUGAAGAUGAAAAAUUAGACUAUAAAGCACAAAAGAUUCUCUCGGUACAAAAGAAAGCGGCUAAAGAAAAGGGACGCGUUAUACCCGACUAUACAUCAUUUGAAUAUGAGAAAAGGCUUCGAAAGGUAGCGACAAGAGGUGUCGUGAAGCUAUUUAAUGCUAUUCGUACACAGCAAAAAGUGACUGAGGUGGCAGUGCAGAGUGUAACCAAUAAGAGUAAGACACUUUCAGCAGUGGAAAAGGCUAAAGAUGUUGCAACUAUGUCAAAAUCAAGCUUUUUAGAUCUUUUAAAAACGGGCAAAAAGUGA